GGGCUAAAAGCCUGCAAUCUACUUCAUCAUCCGAGGCGCCUCCACCUGACCGCCAAAGAUUCAAGAAUCCCCAGCCCCCCACCCCCGGGGGUGGGGGCCUUUUUUUUUCCAUUGGGUGUGGGGGUGGGGGGAGGACGCCUGCAGACUUCAGCAACCACGUGAAAGGACCUAGUGAGCGUCAUCUCAUCUCAACAACUUGAUAUCUAAUCUAAGUUGGUCGGCUGCCAUUAAUCUUGAUACAGACUCCGCCCCGCCUUAGCCUUCAAUUCAUUUAUCAAUUUCCUAGAAUAUAUAUAUUAACUAGUAGUAUAUGUUAUGUGGUGUGGCUGUACUACCAAAAUAUGCAAGCCCUCCAUUUGGUUUUCUAUUUGUAGCUCUGUUUCUUCAAGUAAGUACUAAUUUUUUUUCCCCUUGCAUUAUUCAAAGCAAUUAUAAAUGACGUAAAAUUCAAUGCAUCUAUAUAUCAAUAGUAGUACUACUAAUAGUAAUAAAAGCUAGAGAGUGGUCUUCUUGCCAGCGCUUCUCACUCAGUCUCUCUGCUUCUGCUUUCCUACCUGAAUUUGGGACUCUUUUGAGUACAUUCUGGUUAGCCUGUGUUUCUUUCUGUGCGAACUCCUGGCGGACGCCGAAUAACAAUGGCAGAAGAAGAGGAGCAAAAGUGGGAGCAAGAAGAGGAGUUGGAACGAGUAGAAGAAUUGUCGUCAUUAAAAUUAAGGCGGUCAUCUACUGCUCGCACUACCUCUACUGGUGCUUCUCAAGAUACUAGUGCUACUGCUUCCACUGCCACUUGUACUUCUACUACUAGUCAGUUGGACGGAAAUGGCAAUUGUAAGACCAAUGGGCGUAUAAUUGAGCCGCCCUCCAACUCCGUCACUGAAAAUGAAGUUGAUCUAGAUGGGUCAGUUCUUGAUCGAGAUAAACGAGAGGGGCCGGACAAGAUUGCUGCUUUAUUUGAUAGUGUGUUUCACAACCAUACCCGAAUCACAGAUGCUCACUCCAGGUCGGAACCUUGUGUUUACUAUGACAAAGAUGGAGGACUAUGGAAGUGUCGCUUCUGCUUUUGGACCUAUGCAACUGCACGUCUUUCUGUUGAUCUUAUUCAAAAACUUAAGGGGCCCUUAUAUGAGCUGAUGAUUCACAAAACUAUAAAUCAGAGGGAACCAUGUUUCACAUUUGAACUAGAAGGGUCGCGAGCCAAUUCCACAUUUUGUGGAGAUGACCAUGUUGAGGGAAACACUGGUGUUAGAAUAUAUGAGACCAGAGAAGGGAAUUCUGGUGCUCAGAAGAGCUGUGAUUCUGUAAUUGACUGUAGAGUGGAGGGAAACAAGAAGGAUAGUUCUAACUUGACAAGUCUUCAGCAUUCCCCAGUUCUUUAUGACGAAUGCAGUGAAACUUACAAGUCCCAGGAAAUCCAAGAAAUUGAAAACGAUGAUAUUGACCUCAUUAAUGGAAGUGGUCUGGACGUUACAGAAUUAGAUGUUGAGAGAGUACUUGAAAAACAAAAUACACAUGAUUUGUACUGUCCAAACUGUAAUUCCUGUAUUACUCGAAGGGUUAUUCUUCGCAAAAGAAAACGCCAAGCUCGCAUCACUAGUGAAGAUGUUAGACGUAAGAAACUAGAAACUGAAGUUGAAUCCAGUUUGACUCACUGUUCUGGACAGGGCCAACAAGCAACCAGCAUUGAGGUUCAUACUACUGAAGAAAAUCCAUUGGAUGAUACUUCUCAAGCUGCAGAGAAGUAUGAACGUGAGAGAGAGACUGAUAUCUUCAGAUGCUUAUCAUGCUUCAGCUUUUUCAUUCCAACAGGAAAUGGGUUUAAAUUGUUUAAGAUAUUUGGAGAUAAAGCUGAAAAGAAGCCUGUUAAAGAUGAGCAGAAAUUGACGAGUAAAAGCGGGAUAUCCUCUACUUUUGCAUCAGAUAGGGAGAGAACUUCAGAGCCAGGCAAUGUUUCUAGGUCAGAGGCUUUAACAACAAACAGUAGCACAUCUCUUCUGGCAUCGCAUGGGAAUGGUCAGGAUGGUCAAUCCUUCUCAAUGCUAAAAGAUCUCUCAACCAACCAUGGGAAAAGCAUUUAUAGGAGCCGAGUUGCUGAAUCUGAGGUAGAUGGAGAUAAGAUUUCACCCUCUUCAAAAGAAGAAAUCUUGAUCAACGGAAAAGAGGUGCUGAAUGCAGGAGACAACUGUAACAAUACAAUUAAGAACAGAGGAGAUGCUGCAAAGGGCCACUUUGAAUCAGCAACUGGCAGUCAGCCAAACACAUCAAACAAUUCCAUAAACAGUGUAGCAUAUCAUCAAAGUGACUCAUCGAGGGGCCACUUUGAAGCAGCAACCGGCAGUCAGCCAAACACAUCAAACAAUUCCAUACACAGUGUAGCAUAUCAUCAAAGUGACUCAUCAAAGGCACCUAUUGACAAUGUACCUGUUACUAAUGGAGAAUCUCUAAUUAUUGAAAGUGAGCAAAACUCAUCAAACAUUUCAGUAAAUGUUGCAGCAUAUCAUCAAGGUGAUCUGUUUAGGGUACCCACUGACAAAAUUCCAGUUAUGAAUGGGGUGUUAUCUCCAGAAGAUCCUGUACCAGGAAAUCAACCAGAUGGACUAAAGCUUCUGAUUUCUUCACCUGGCGGUUCACCUGCUUCCGAGAAAUCACGUGUAGGCCAAAAUCCUGACUUGUCAACACAAAACAAUGGUGCAGAUGGAGCCUACCUGAAUGAAAAUUCUCCGCAGACCAUCUGCAAUAACAAAGAGGAGACUCAUUUUGGGAAACUCUUCAAAAUUAACAAAGAUCCUGCAGUUUUGUCGGUGAAAGGUAUUUCACUAAAUCAAGACAUACCAGCUACUAUAGCUAAAGAUCUGAGGAAGGUAGCAGCUGAGCUAAAUUCAGGCAAGGAUACAGUUAUAGUAGUAGAAUCAGAGGCCAUCAGCACAGUGGCUUCGCAAAGGCAACAAGACUUGACUAUUUCAGAAGAAACAGUGACCUCAGCAAAUUUAACUACAAAUAUCUCUGUGACUGAAUCCACAGGAGCUGACGUUAGACAAGCAUAUGAAAUUGAGAUAAUUAAAAGCAUUGUUUAUGGUGGUUUAGUCGAAUCAAUUACUAGCCUAGGUGUUGUUUCAUCCGCAGCUGGUGGUGAUGCCACCACACUGAAUAUUCUAGCUCUAACAUUGGCCAAUGUGAUUGGUGGACUUGUACUAAUUGGUCACAAUCUCUGGGACCUGAAGAAAGAGCAAGUAACAGAGCAGAUGGAUCGGUACAAGGAACUACUGGGCAGCAGAGAAAAUUUUUUGCUUCAUACAAUUGUUGUCACACUAUCUUUUGUAGUAUUUGGUCUAAUCCCUCCCAUUGUUUAUGGCUUCUCAUUUUUAAAGAGCGGUAACAGGGAACUCAAGCUUCUUGCAGCUGCGGCAGCUUCCCUAUUAUGCAUUCUAGUGCUAGCCACUGGGAAGGAAUAUGUUCGAAGGCCACCCAAAUCAUAUGUGAAAACCAUAGCAUACUACAUACUUCUGGGCUUUAUGGCCUCAGGAAUUUCUUAUGCUGUUGGUCAGCUGAUCAAGAGUCUCCUAGAGAAGCUCCAUUUCCAGUCAAAUUCACCUGUUUUCCAGGGCCUUUCCAAGAUGAUGCCUACUGCUGCAGAAUGGGCAUCAUAUUGACCAUUUUUCAGGAAUUUCUCGUGCUGUUGGUGAGCUGAUUAAGAGACUCCUGGAGAAGCUCCACUUCCGUUCAAAUGCACUUGUUUUCCGGAGCCCUCCCAAGAUGGCGCAUGCUGCUGCAGAAUGGGCAUCGUAUUGACCAUAUUUCAUGAUCAUGUAUACCUAAUGUCUGCUUGUCACAUAUACCUUUCUUGGUCAUUCUGCUUGACAUGUAGUAGAAUUCAGAUGACAGUUCUACAAUUUUUCACAUUUUUUUUUUUUUUUGGCUUCGUCUUUAAAGGAGGAUUCAGAUGACUACUUUUGAGUUUUCCUCAAUUUUUUCUUAAUUUUCUUUUCCUCAAUUAGGAGUGGGCAGAAAACACUGUUGACAUGUUAACCCGCGAUAUCUGUUUUGAUCU